UUAGGGCUUUACAAAUGAACCAAGAGCCACAGCAAACCUUUGUGAGGCUGUUUGCAUAAGAGUAUAACCCCCCAUCUUAAACUUUUUACCGGCUCCAAUUUAGGGCUUUACAAAUGAACCAAUAAACCAUUAAAACCCUGCUACGAACCGGGGACAGCGUACUCUCUUUCUCUCUCUUUCUCUCUCUGUUGCUCCAAAAUACACCUGGGAAAGAAAAAUCUUUUUCUCCGUUACAAUGGCGAAUGAUGCAGACAUGAGCAGUUGGAAUGAUCUUCUGCAUUCGUCUUCCAAGCUUCUCGAACAAGCCGCCCCUUCCGCCCAGUUCCCUCCUAUUCAGAGAAAUUUGGAGCAGUUGGAGGUAUUGUCCAAGAAGCUUAAAGCCAAAACCUUAAGAAUUGAAGCUCCUUCGCAGUCUAUUGCUGCAACUAGGUUAUUAGCGCGAGAAGGAAUUAAUGCGGAGCAGCUCGCUCGCGAUCUCAAGUCCUUUGAGUUGAAGACAACAUUUGAAGAUGUAUUUCCAGCUGAAGCAACAACGGUUGAAGAAUAUUUGCAACAGGUCCAUGAAAUGGCAAUGGUGUCUGCUGUACAGGAGGCUCAGAAGGAUAACCUUAGAAGUUUCAGUGACUGUAUGAUGACAGUUCUAGAGGAAGACUGGCGGAAGGAAAAACGGGACUUCCUUCAAAGUCUUAGUCAGAUUUCUAGGUUGCCUAGGACAAAUGUUGCUGAUUCAAAUAGUAAAUCUUCCCAUGAAGGUCAAAUAAUUGCCGCAACUUCUAGCCCUCAUGUUUCACCUGGUCCAUCUAGCAUGGAGCUUGCGCCAUUGGCUACUAAGGCCAUCGCAGAAAAAAAAGCUGCAGCCUAUGGAGAAGUUGUGAAGGAUCUUAACAGCGCCAGAGAGCAUGGGUCUCCUUUCAAACCUGCUGCAGCAUUCAAGCAGGCAUAUGAUGGUCUGGCUAUCGAUGGAUCUGGUGGGAAAUCUGUUGGUAUGCAGAAAAUAUGGCAUCUUCUUCUGAUGCUGAGUGAGGAUUCAACUCAACUGCCAAAAGUUUCUAGAAAAAUGUCGUUGGUGAUUGGUGCGAGGCAUCACCUUGAAUGGGGACAUGAAAAAUAUGUGCUUGAUACAAUACAGAGUCAUCCUGCCCAAGCUGCACUGGGUGGUGCUGUUGAUAAUUUGCAGCGCAUCCGAGCUUUCCUUAGGAUCCGUUUGCGGGAUUAUGGUGUUCUUGAUUUUGAUGUUGAUGAUGGUCGUAGGCAACCUCCUAUUGAUACUACUUGGCAGCAGAUAUACUUUUGCUUGCGAACUGGGUACUAUGAUAAAGCACAAGAGGUUGCCCGAUCAUGCCGAGUUGCGCAGCACUUUGCUCCUCUGCUUGUGGAAUGGAUAGCCACUGGAGGUAUGGUGUCACCGAAGACUGUUGCUACUGCUUCUGAAGAGUGUGAAAAAUCAUUAAGGGCUGGUGAUAGAGCAGGCCGAGCUUCAUAUGAUAAGAAAAAGUUAAUCCUUUAUGCAAUGAUAUCUGGUUCUCACCGUAUCAUCGACCGGCUACUUCGAGAACAACCUACACUUUUCAGUACCAUAGAGGAUUUCCUGUGGUUCAAGUUAUCUGCAAUACGAGAGUCCCCUGAUGGUUCAUCUGUUGUUCUUAGUGAGGGAUUCUCUCCCUACACAUUGGCCGACUUACAGAUGUAUUUGAAUAAGUUUGAACCUUCAUAUUAUACAAAGAAUGGAAAAGAUCCUCUUGUGUAUCCCUAUGUAUUACUCUUAAGUAUUCAGCUGCUUCCGGCGGUCCAGUACUUGUACAAGGAUACUGGAGAUGAAGGAUACAGCAUUGAUUCUGUCCACAUGUGUAUAGCUUUAGCAGAUCUUGGAGUCCUCUUCGAAGGUGCUAGGGCUGUGCACAAAUUUGGAAUGAUGGAUGCUUAUGCGGAGGCAUCUAGCAUAAUUAGGCAGUAUGGAUAUGCUUAUUUACGCAAUGGGGAUCUACCAAUGGCACUUGAAUAUUAUGCUCAGGCUGCUGCUGCAGUUGGCGGUGGGGAGUUAUCAUGGACGGGUAGAGGUAACAUGGAUCAGCAACGUCAAAAGUCCUUGAUGUUGAAGCAGCUUCUAGUUGAGCUUCUGUUACAUGAUAGUGGUGUAAAUAUUCUACUUGGACCCCGGGGUACUGGGGAAGAAGGUCAAUUGGGAAGGUUUUUUCCAGAUGGAAAGACAAGGCAACAAUUUUUGUUGGAAGCAGCUCACCAGUGUCAGGUGACUUCUUUGUAUGACAAGUCCAUUGAAAUACAAAAAAGAGUUGGAGCAUUUGCUGGAGCUCUGGAUACAGUGAACAGGUGCCUUUCAGAAGCAAUUUGUUCCCUAACACGUGGUAGAUUGGAUGGUGAGAGCAGGACUUUAGGGCUCAUUCAUUCUGGAAACGAAAUUUUAGAGGCAUUUAAAUAUCAUCUCGAGAUCAGUCCUCAAGAGAGAGAGAAUGUUAUGGAGCAGCAGACUGUCUUAAGGCAGCUUGAGGCAGUCUUGUAUGUUCAUAAGCUGGCUAGGAUGGGACAAUAUAUAGACACAUUGAGGGAAGUGGCAAAACUACCAUUUCUUCCCCUUGAUCCACGAGCACCAGACUUUGCCGUUGACAUAUUUAAUAACUUGUCCAUUCAUGUUCAAGCUUGUGUACCUGACAUUAUUAGAGUUGCUCUUCACUGUUUGGACAAUGUCAAAGAUACAGAUGGUUCACUCCGUACCUUGAGAACAAAGAUUGCAAACUUCCUUGCAAGCAAUUUGAACAGGAACUGGCCCCGCGAUCUAUAUGAAAAGGUUGCCAGAAGCUUGUAAGCUGAUGUAUAUGUAUUUGGUAAUGAGUUACAUGUCAUAUCCCUAAUUAUCCAGGUGUAUAAACAAUUAGGAUCUGUGACAUUUGUCUAGGUUUGUUCUGGUUCAUUUUCCCUCAUUUUCUGUUUUAGAGUACUAGUGUUUCUUACUGGGAUGGAGGAAAUCAGCAUAUGAACCAUUUGUAGAUUAGCUAGACUAUAAUUGAAUUUGGUGUUGUCGCUUUCGCCGGGUGUUAUUGUUCUCUUAAAACGUGAAAUUAUUUCUGUGACGGUCCGUCUGAUUUUGUUGAAUUCGGGCUUCAAUCCCUAUUCUUUCCUUAAGAGAGGAUCUGAAUCAUUUGGAAAGUAGAUCAAAGUGGGAGAAAAAGCACUGGAUUUUAGGCAUCCAUAUGAUAAUUUUUUGGCCUUGCAAAUGGGAUUCCGAGAUGGUGUCUCAUGGGGAUCAAGGUUAAGGAAAAAAAACCAAAACCUGGAGGGAAAGUUAUUGCAUGUCAUCAGGCUGGUCGAGUGUUUCUCCCCUAGAGGCUUGGGACGAGGAUUUUGGGAGGAUUUUAGAAGCUAUGUUUGGCCAGUAAAAGAAAGAAAGAGGAGAGGCUGAGACUUACCCAUGUUCACCUUAAAAUGAACUAGACUGGCAAAUAAUAUAAAGCACCUCCCAAGUUAGGGAACACCGGGACAGGCACGUAUGCCGCACCAUCAAAAAAUCGCGUUGAAUAAAUUAUUUUUAACGUGUCGCUUCUUUCUCUUUUCCUUUCUCUUUCUUUCUACUCCACCUUUAUUUGCCAGAUCUACAAAUUUUUGGCAUUUCAUCGUCGUUAGAAGUUCAAAAUUAAAUCUUAUGCAUCUGCAUCUAUUGUCGAAGGUAUCGAUUAGUAUUGUUUUACAUUGAAUUUGAUUGCAUCAAAGAAAAUAUACCUAUGGUUCUUGUUCUAGUUCCGACAAGAAAAUUGAAGAUGAAGAGCUCCCGAGGAUGUAAAGAUAGAUUCAAUGAAAAUCAUCUAAUUCCAGAUUAGUUUCUUGAAGAUUCUUGCAAAAUCAUUGGAUGUUUGUGUUUUUUUUUUCUUUUUUUUUUAAUCAACAGUUUUGCUAUUCGUUUGUGAUGAAUUGAUUUUCGUGUAAUUUUGAGUUUUGCAAGAUCCUUUUCGAUUAGAAGCAAUAACAAUGAAAGCAAGCUUCAACUUUCGCCUAAUCAUGGCUGCUGAAAAUAAAGGAUUCCUCACGGAAAAUGGAGAUGCGUUUUUGAGAAUUUGUGGCGGUCUUAUAUUGCGUUUUUCUUGUAAUGAAUUUGGUUCAUAUUUUCGACUAAAACUCGUUAUUCAUUGAAAAUAGAAGCUCAGUAAUUGAAAUAAUAUAGUUUCGUGCAAUGAACAGGUGAUGUUUUUAGAUGAACUAUAGUUUAUUCAAAAAUACAGUAUUAAUGUGAUUUCCUG